AUGGCUACUAUGCAACAAUACUUGAACCCUACUCUACAAGGUCAGCCUCUGAGAGGGGUUACUCCACAGGACCCUCCAGUGGGGACAAGUGUUGGAGUACAAAUUAGAGGAACACCACCUGAGGUUACACCUCAAGGUCAACCGAGAAGUACCCCUCCGGUUCCACCAUAUGGCACUCCACAGUUUAUGAUGCCCCCACCUUAUUCCUACUAUCAGGCUUAUCCACCUUAUCAUCCGCCAUCUACCACUACAGCAAAGGUGGUGGGAUCUUUUAAGAAGUUUAUGCCACCCAUCUUCACCAAGGUGGGUAAUGACCCGUUGGAAUCGGAUUGGUGGAUCCAAGAGUUGGAGAAAGUAUUUGAUAUUAUAGAGUGCAUAGAGGCACAUAAGCUUCUCUGUGCUGGGUUGCAACUAAGAAAUGAAGCUGACUCUUGGUGGAAAGCUUCCAAGCCUAUACUAAUGGCAGCUCAUCUAGAGCCUCCUUGGGAACAAUUCAAGGAAUUGUUCUUGUCAAAUUACUAUCCCAAAAGCUUUAGAGACUGUAAGGAAGCGGAAUUUAUGACACUAACUCAGGGAAGCAAAACUGUCCUGGAGUAUCAGCAACAAUUUGAAAGUUUGUUCUAUUUUUCUAGUUGCCAUAUGAGGACGGCUAAGGAAAAAGCCCAAAAAUUUCUGAAGAGGCUGAAGACAUCUAUUGGUACAGUGUUGGAGGUGUUGGACUUAACUGAAUAUGCACAGAUUAUGCAAAAAGCCAAAACAAUGGAAGAUAAGUAG